UGAAAACAGACUGUGGUUUAGAUCACUCAUGGUAACUGGAAGCAAAAUGCAUGACAGUAACAAUGUGGAGAAAGACAUUGCACCAUCCGAAUUGCCUGCAAAUCCAGGUUAUCGGCAUUCAAAACAGCAUUCUGGUAAAGCUACCUUAAUUUGGCCUUUAUUUUUCUUAAUCAUGUUUCUGACAAUCAUAGUGUGUGGAAUGGUUGUUGCUUUAAGUGCAAUAAGAGCUAACUGCCAUCAAAAGCCAUCAGUAUGUCUUCAAGCUGCAUGCCCAGAAAGCUGGAUUGGUUUUCAAAGAAAGUGUUUCUAUUUUUCUGAUGACACCAAGAACUGGACAUCAAGUCAGAGGUUUUGUGACUCACAAGAUGCUGCUCUUGCUCAGGUUGAAAGCUUCCAGGAACUGAAUUUCCUGUUGAGAUAUAAAGGCCCCUCGGAUCACUGGAUUGGGCUGAGCAGAGAGCAAGGCCAGCCAUGGAAAUGGAUAAAUGGUACUGAAUGGACAAGACAGUUUCCUAUCCUGGGAGCAGGAGAGUAUGCCUAUUUGAAUGACAAAGGUGCCAGUAGUGCCAGGUACUACACAGAGAGGAAGUGGAUUUGUUCUAAACCAGAUACAUAUGUCCAGAUGGUACAGCAAAGCCCCAACUAAUCUUUAGAAGCCCAUUGGAACUGAUAACCCCAUUUUCCCAUUUUAGAAUGAGCAACGAAUUUAUUUUUUUAAAUUGUAUUUAUUUUUUGUUGUUGUUGAGAUGGAGUCUCACUCUGUCACCCAGGCUGGAAUCCAA